CUCUCUUUCACCCCUCUCUAUAUACUAUAUAUACAUACAUUACCGGUAUAUGCAUAGCCUUCUCCAUUUCUUCUGAUGACGAUAACCUACGGCCAUAGCUCUUUCAUCUCCGCCGGAGAGUUGCCGCCGGCCGACGUGUCCGGAGGAGAGAUUAUGCUGUUUGGUGUGAGGGUGAAGGUGGACCCCAUGAGGAAGAGUGUGAGUUUGAACAAUCUUUCUCAGUAUGAACAGCCUAAUUCUAACGACAACAAUAAUAGCAACGGCGGAAAUACCAAUGACUCUUCUUCUAAAGUCGCCGAUGAGGGCUAUGCUUCUGCCGAUGACGCUGUUCCUCAUCACUCCGGUAGUGGCCGUGAGCGCAAGCGAGGAGUUCCAUGGACGGAGGUGGAGCACAAGCUAUUCCUUUUGGGAUUGCAGAAAGUAGGUAAAGGAGACUGGAGAGGAAUCUCUAGAAACUUCGUCAAGACUCGCACACCGACACAGGUUGCAAGUCAUGCUCAGAAAUACUUUCUCCGGCGAACUAACCUCAAUCGUCGCCGCCGCCGUUCUAGCCUCUUCGAUAUCACCACUGACUCGGUAUCUGUAUUGCCAACUGAAGAAGCAAAGAAUCUGCAAGAAGCUCAUGUAGAAACUUCCAAAAUCAAUGCAUUUCAGGUGACAUCUGUGCCAAUAAAAUUUGCGCCUCUUGUCUUACCAGCACAAAUGGACAAGCCAAUAGAAAGUCCAAUCCAAAGUUAUAACGCUUCAUCUAUAUACCUCCGGCCUGUUCCUGUUGUUGUUCCAGUGUCUAAUCAGAGCUCUGCAAUAGAGUCAUCUUCGUUAUCGUUGACAUUGUCCUUGUCAUCACCAUCAUCAUCAUCUACUAGAUAUCAAGUGAUGUCAACUUUUAGUAAUGGAGAGAGCAUCAUCAGUGUGGCAUGACAUACAAGAAUCUCUCUAUUAAAUUAAAGGCAUAAUAGUAGUAAGUAGUAACCAAAAGCUAGAAAAACAAAUUAAGCAAAAAAAAAAAAAA